UUGUUGUCACUUCUGGAUGAAAAGAGAAAAGAAACAACUCGAUAAUUUAUCUGUAGACUGUACACCCUUAAAUCUAAUGCCUGUUACUUGACAGCUCUCUGAUAUUCAACAUAGGUUUGUAUAGAAUAUGUUUUGAAAUGCUUGAAAAUGGGAACCAAGAUAAAGAGCGCUGAUGUCCAACCAAAGAAAUCUAAAGUAUUACCUGCAUGGGAGACCUAUUUCUAUAAUACAGUACACAUAUCUGUAGUAGCCUAUAUUCUGUACUGUGUUUAUAGGGCGUCAAAUAAGUAUGAUGGUCUCCUAAAUGUAUAUGAUUUUGAUCCUGGGUGGUCAUUUAUUGACAGGGAGAAGGAUAUGUCAAACUAUGAAUGGUAUUUUUUCUACAACUUAUUUUGGAUAAUUAUUCCAUGGUAUAUUGCCUACAUAUCAUUGGACUUGAUAGCAGCACAUCAUCUUUCUGUGAUUCAGAGAAGACAAGCAUGUUUGAUAUAUUCCCUGAUAGUAUUGACAAACCUGCUAGGCUGGAAGUCAUUAUUACUGCUUUGUUUUCAUUCUAUUGUCAUGUAUCUGAUCAGCUUAUUCAAGUCAAAAGUUUUAGUGUGGAUACUUUCCAUUGCUUUGAUAUCAACAUUGAAUUUUGAACCAUUUGUAUCAUGGAUGAGGUUAUUGAAUCCUGAAGACUCUGAUGGGAAAUCCUACUACAUUUUAAUGUUUACAUUAGCACUGACACAUCUUCGCUAUACCAGUUUUUGUCUGGAACAUGUAGAGCAUGUCACUGGUACCAGUUCUCCCCAACAAGACACUGACACAGAUAAACUGUAUAUGGAAAUUAAUAAAGAGUUAAAGGACACACAGGCAGAUAAAAUGAAGUUUUCUCUAGUGGAUGCCUUUGUUUACAUCUUUUAUUUCCCAUUGUUUUUCUGUGGACCAAUUAUUACUUAUGAUGAAUUUUCUAAGCAGAUGAAUGAAUCUGCACAGAAACCAUUACAAGAAAAGCAGAUGAUAUCUAUAGCAUUCUUUGCUCUGAGAAUGAUAUUCUGGGCAUUCUUCAAUGAGUUUUUUCUACAUUUCUUCUACUUCAAUGCCUUGCAGCACAAUCUAUCUGUUAUUGAAGACAUGGAUCUAUGGACAUUAUCUGGUAUUGGUUACUGUCAAGGUCAAUUCUUUAUGAUUAAAUAUACAGUUAUGUUUGGUAUACCAUCAGUAGUGGCAAGGACCUGUGGCAUUGAGCCACCAGCUGGACCUAAAUGUAUAGGUCAUAUAUAUACAUACUCAGAUAUGUGGAAGUACUUUGAUAGAGGAAUGUAUAGUUUUAUAAAAAGAUAUAUUUAUUUACCAUUAGGAGGUUCAGGGGCAAAUAUUAUACAGAAGUUACUGUGUUCUUUAGGCUGUUUUAUAUUUGUGUAUAUUUGGCAUGGUAUAGAAUACUAUAUAUUUCUAUGGACAUUAUUUAACUUUAUUGGUAUCUCACUGGAAUCAUUGGGAUAUUGGAUAGACAGACAGCCACCUGUAUGUAAAUUUAAAGAUUCCAUGCCUGGAAUAUACAGAAGAAUGCAAGGUUUAGCAGUAGUACCAUUGUUUGUUAUGUCAGUAUUUACUGCAUUUUGUUUUUUUGGAGGAAGUAUUAUUGGAUAUAUGUAUUUCCAGAAAUUUAUUGUAAAAGGAUGGUUGAAAUCAUGGUCAAUUGUCAUAGUUGUAGUAUAUUGCUGUAUGCAGUCAAGCAUGGACAUACACGAUAGGCAAAAGAUGAAGAAGAAGAGAGAGUGAUUUGUAAUAAUAACUACACAAGUCUCACUACACAAAGACUUGAUGGAAAGGAAAAUAAUGAAUUAUCCAACAAAGAAUUACAAUUUGAGAUUCUUAUGACUUUUUCAUACUUAAUGUAGUUUUUUUAAGAUGUAAGGCAAUCAUUGGCUUUUUGUAAAUAUCUCCUUUGUGUUCUAUCACUAGAUAAGAAUGAACCUUGCAUGUGUUUGACAGGACUAACACCUGACUGUUGUAAAAAUAUGUUCAAGUUAGACAGCUUAUCAAUUUGUACUAGGGAUGAAUCUGAAAUCUGACUGUUUUGACUUGAAUCUUCAGUUAUACAUGUAGAUGUAGUUUGGCUGAGGGCAGUGAGGGUUGGUAGACUUUCAACAUGCUCCAUGUCUUUUAAGUUCACUUUUAACUUAUCCAUUUCAUCUGAAUCCCAUUUCAGCUGUUCCUGAAUGAAAGUAUAUAAGCUGACAUGUAGAUGAAUGUAAUGGAAUGUUAUGUGUUUUCAGCACAAAAAAAUCUAAGUGAAUCUCUUAGUCAAUACAAUGUAUAUAGCAAAUGUGAUUAAGUAGAAAAUUGCUGUUAUCAUAUAUACACAUAUAUAUUCUUGAAAUAUAAAUACAUAUAGGUUCUGCAUACAUAUUCCUGUAAACACUAGUAAGUUAUAAGGCAUGAACAGAGAUAUUAUAGAUUGCUAUGCUAGAUACUGCAGAAAGGUGUCAAUAAAACAAAAAAAGUGGAACUAAACUUGUGUUAUUAAUCAGUGAAACCAUAUAAAUGGUACUCAGAAAUCUGUGUAAUUGAGGUGCUAUUUAAAGCAUUUUAGCAACUUGACUUAAAGAUGCCAAUUGCUGUUUGUUAUCUCUAAACUAAAACUACUUAAUAAUACAAAAAGAUGUGGGGUAUAAUUGCCUAUAAGUCAAUGGUCCACUAGAGACGUUGUGGUUGUUGUCAGCAGCAGCGUCAACAAGGGGUUUUCUGGUUAAAGAACUAUUUAGACAAUUUAAAAGCAGUGUAAGGGAGGUAAGCCAAUUCCAUUUAAAGAAUACUGUUAUAUAUAUAUUGAUUACCUCCCU